GAUGCCCCUCUGCCUCAUUACUGGAUUGUGGCAUUACCAUGGCAACAAGGGUACCUAAGGUAAAGUUCUGCGAGAGAACUGAGGAGGUGUGUCAGUUUUAAUUCUGCCCAGUAGGUGGGACUUCAUGCUCGGAGCACGGACUUGCUGUUGUGUCCUCUGUUUCUUAUGCCAUCCCUAUGAGUCUCAGAGCUGCUCGAGAGCAACCUGGAGCUACAGUAAGCGGUUAACGGCAACAGAAGACACGAUACCCUCCCUGUACCAUGCAGUAUAGAGAGGACAGUCCGGGAGUACUGGUUUUUCAGCCCUCUCCUCUGUAACGGAGUAUUUUUUUCUUCUUUUUUUGGCUUUUGAAAUACUGGGACUAUACAGAUUUCGCAUCAAUUUGACAUACCUUCACACUCAUCAACACGCCCGUGCGUGCGCACAUAAACAGACACACAAGCAAUCACGUAGCAAAAACUGAUACUCACAUUUUCCACAUUUGCCUGCCGCACAAGGACACCAACGCUUCACAGGGUCGGGAAUCAUGGAUCUAUCGCGGUAUCCACCUCGAAUUUGCUGGUGGAGAUUAUUGUUUCUCUUAAGCAUCUUCCAGGACUAUGUGAGUUCCAUGCUGGACUGUCUGUCAACCUGCAGCUGUUCCCAGACGGAGAUCUACUGCAAUAAGUCCGACAAUGGGAAAUUUUUCCCUUUGCUCGCUGUGCAAGACACUGGGAACAAUGGCAAUAAUACAAACAGCAUUCCAGAUUUGGUCAAGAACAUCACGUCCAUACACAUAGAGAACUGGACGGGCCUGCACGUUCUGACAGAAAUGCACAUGGACCUGUACACUGGACUCGAAAGACUGACUAUCAUGAACUGCAACCUGCACGAGAUUCACCACAAUGCAUUUAAAAAGAACCCACUCCUGCACUACAUAAAUUUAUCCAAAAACCCUCUGACGAAACUGUCGUGGCGGCCUUUCCAGAAACUGCAGCUCUGGGAACUGAGGCUGGAUGACGUGUUGUUUAACUGUAGCUGCGAUGUCCGCUGGAUUCAACUGUGGCAGCAGAGAGGAGAGGCUGGACUCCACAAUCAGCAGCUUUACUGCUAUAAUGGGAUUGCAAGGAUCCCAUUGCAGGAAAUGAACAACUCCUUCUGUGACUUGCCAGAAAUCAGUGUGACUCACAGUAACCUGACAGUAAAUGAAGGUGACAAUGUCACACUCACUUGCAAUGGUUCGGGGAUGCCCUAUCCUGAUGUGGACUGGAUGGUCAAUGACCUUCACUCCAUCAACACACACCAGCAGUACAAUGGUCCUUCUGUCCACUCUGUAAAUCUGACCCUGGUCAAUGUGAGCCGUGAUGACAAUGGUUUCCUGCUAACCUGCAUAGCGGAGAAUGUGGUGGGGAUGACCAAUGCCUCCAUUCAACUGGCUGUACAGUUCUCUCCAACUAUUAUUCGGCUGGAGGAGCCCGAGCGUCGCCAUGACACCUGUAUAGAGUUCAUAGUGCGAGGCUACCCCCAUCCCACCCUACGCUGGUUCCACAAAGACCAGGAGAUCCUUCAGAGUGAAUACAUCCGCACAGAGAUGGAUAUCUACCAGGAUAACCUGGAGGGAUGCCUGAUAUUCAAGGACCCUACUCACCACAACAAUGGCAACUACACCCUGGAGGCUAGCAACUUCCUUGGCGCGGCCACCAAGACGGUGUAUGGGCACUUCCUGCAGGCCCCACCUUUUACCGAUGAAGAUUACAAUUAUGUGACCCCCACACCCCCUAUCAAUGUCACACACAGGCCAGAGGAAGACACAUUUGGGGUGUCCAUCGCCGUUGGACUCGCUGGGUUCGCCUGUGUGCUCCUAGUCGUUCUGUUUGUCCUCAUCAACAAAUAUGGCCGACGGUCCAAGUUUGGGAUGAAAGGACCUGUGGCAGUGAUAAGUGGGGAGGAGGACUCAGCGAGCCCCCUGCACCAUGUGAAUCACGGAAUCAUCACCCCCUGCACCCUGGAUGCCGGCCCUGACGCCGUAGUCAUCGGAAUGACCCGCAUCCCUGUCAUCGAAAACCCCCAGUACUUCAGGCACGGACACAACUGCAACAAACCCACAACCUACGUGCAACACAUAAAGCGGAGAGACAUUGUUCUGAAGAGGGAGCUGGGAGAGGGGGCCUUCGGGAAGGUUUUCCUGGCAGAGUGCUAUAACCUCAGCCCCACCAAGGACAAGAUGCUGGUAGCUGUCAAGACCCUGAAAGAUCCAACUCUGGCUGCCAGGAAGGACUUCCAGAGGGAGGCAGAGCUUCUGACCAACCUGCAGCAUGACCACAUCGUGAAGUUCUAUGGGGUUUGUGUUGAUGGGGACCCGCUGAUCAUGGUCUUUGAGUACAUGAAGCAUGGAGACCUCAACAAAUUCCUCAGAGCUCAUGGUCCUGACGCCUUGAUCCUGGUGGAUGGUCAGCCACUGCAGACCAAUGGGGAGCUGGGUCUGUCCCAGAUGCUGCAGAUCGCCACACAGAUUUCCUCUGGGAUGCUGUACCUGGCAUCCCAGCACUUUGUUCAUCGUGACCUGGCUACACGCAACUGCCUAGUGGGCAAUGGCCUGCUGGUGAAGAUUGGAGACUUUGGAAUGUCUAGAGACAUCUACAGCACUGACUACUACCGGGUGGGAGGACACACAAUGUUGCCCAUUCGCUGGAUGCCACCUGAGAGCAUCAUGUACAGGAAGUUCACCACAGAGAGUGAUGUGUGGAGCUUUGGAGUCAUUCUAUGGGAGAUCUUCACCUAUGGGAAGCAGCCAUGGUUUCAGCUGGCCAAUAAUGAGGUCAUCGAGUGCAUCACACAAGGUCGUGUACUGGAGAGGCCUCGAGUCUGCCCUAAGGAGGUGUAUGACAUCAUGCUGGGAUGUUGGCAGAGGGAACCACAGCAGCGUUUGACCAUCAAGGACAUCCAGAAGAUCCUGUAUGCCUUGGGGAAGGCCACGCCCGUCUACCUGGACAUCCUGGGCUAGCCACGGUGGGCCCCGCCCGUGUGUCUGUCUGUGCCGGACAGACAAACACAAUCCAGGAAAAACCAAACAACAUGUACCUUACUGCUCCACUGUCAAACACCAACGAGAUGGGGAUAGACUCAAGUGCCUGCUACGCCUUUCGAUACACAGGAUAACGCUCUUUAAAAAAACACUUUUACAUUUUGUUUACCUAUAUACAAAAUGUACAGAGUUCUACUGUAAGAAGAGGAAUUUCCCUUUUUUUCUUAAAAGCGACCUCCUUAAAAAAAAGUAAAAAAGCAAAAAAAAAGAAUAAAAUAAAUAAAAAGAAAAAAGAAAAAAUGACUUUAAAAAACAAAGCCUGGAAGAGAACCAACGUGUUUGCUUUUGGUAUCCCAACAGCCUGAUCGAAGACUAAACUCCCCAGUGUUUUUUAUUUGAUAAAUAUAUAUAUAUAAAUAUAAUAUAUAUUUUUAUUUAUUUAGUUUUUUCUUUCUCAACAUGUGGAUGUCUGCCAUAUUUGUUGCUAAGGGUAUAUCACCUUUUUAGAGUCAGACUAUUGGCCAGGACUUACUGAAGAAAGCCUUACUGCACUCUGAUUGGCUGGAUCUUAUCUCUGACACCAGAGGAGACAUCCAACGGGGCUUUCUGUUUCUAAGGGAAAGAAAAACACAACCAUGUGGGUGAAAUGAAGAAACCCUGGGAAAGAAGGACCCACCAAUCAUUACAAACAACCUAAUUUAAUAACUGAAUGUACAUAAUGUAAAUUUCUAUACGUGUCACAAAUUAUGUUAACUUAUUUCUUUUCCUAUUUAGAUUAUUUUAGCUCCUUGGUGUGCUGUUAUGGUGAGUUAAUUCUAUAAAUAUUUUAAGAAUCCUCUUCAAUAUUUUCUUUUGGACAUGGUCAUAGAAUGUAUGUUUUAUAUUACACUAAGGAUGCCUCAUUUUCUUCUUACCACAAAGUUGUAUUUAAGCUUUGUAAUGGAACUGAGACAGGAUAAAACUAAGUUCCAUGGAGAGUCAGAGUCUGACACCAGAUUGCUGAGGUGACAUGAUGACUUGAUGCAUUGUUUCUUCUGCCAUUCCAGCAGGAGAUAUGGCAUAAUGCCUUCUUUAAUUUUACAUUGUUUCCUUGAAGAAUAUUAUAUUAAACUAUACAUCCUUCCCAAAAUUAGUAUCAUAAAAAAAAAACCUUUUUACUCCUCUUAAAAUAUUAAAAACAGAAAUGACAUUUUUAUGGGUAGAAUUAGCAAUGGUACACAAGUACCAGAGAAUCUGAAUAUUUUAUUUAGAAUGGCAAUUUAAUGGACACAAUAUCAAUUACAGACAUUCCAUGUUUUUCCAUACAUUCCAUUUCUGUCUUUGAGUCGUUGAUAUAGAGUGCAUUUUCCAUGUACAUCAUUCCAUGAGCUUGGAAGUAAUGCGAUAAAGACCAAUGUCCAACAGACGGGGUAAUUUCUAGGCCAGUGUAAAUAAUUAUUCAUGUGGAUCAAAGCCUAAUUUCCAUGACACAUAAUGAGUGAUAUUAUGACACUUACAAUAACUGCAGUUUUGAUAUUGUAAGGCAUGGCUGAGGCAUCUACAAUAGAUACCACUGUAUUAUUCAGUCUUGUGACAUAGCUAUGUGCAUCGAUGCAGCAUUUAAAACCUUUUUAUUUUUACAUUUAUUCCAUUGGCUAAUGGCAGUUCAUCUAUCCUGUUCACCUGUUCUAAUAUUUUGCUUUCUUGGCACACACAGUAAUUGUACCAAAAGCAUUAGGUAUCAGUGAAGAGGUAAAGAGCUAUUGUGAACAUUGUGUUGUGAUGGCUAAUACUAAGACAUUGCAUUAACGUACUCUCUCGUCAUAAAAUGAAGUUGAGCUUAAAUCUGAAUUCAGUAAGUUACAGUGAUGCAUCCAAAGUUAUUCCAUAUGGGCAUAAACUGACUUUAGUUUAAUUCAGUGCAAAUUUAGUUUCGGUCAUCAUGUCAGCACUAAUAUUACCACAUACGCAUAUUACUCAUAUUACAGUGUAUACGAUGUCAGCAUUAAAUGUGUAUAUUAACACGACUCUACAAAACUUAGCCAGUCUGGCUUCUUUUAUGAUCUUCCUUGUGUCAUAAAUGUUUGUGUGCUCUUCAUAAUCACCUAUCUUGUCUUAAGUCUUUGGAUCUUUCUCUGUAUCUUUAUAUAUCCGCCCUUUCUAAAAUUGUAAAUGGAAUAUAUACUUGUCCCUAACCUUUGCGUUCAGGUUUAUAACACAUAAAGGGACUCUCAGCCAGCCAGUGAGGACAGCUGGAACAUUUGUUCAUCUUGUGACCUUGUUUUUUGGCUUUCCAUAUUUUGUGAGCUGGUUCUUGCCAUAUUAAAGGAGAAAUGUAAAGGGCUA